GAAUUUGCUUCGGUCUGGCUGGGAAGAAGGAAACCAGUGGUGGCGCAACAGGAGGGCAGGUCCCUCGUGGUCCUCGUUUCGGACAAAUUUCGCUGAGAGUAUUAAUAAAGGAAGGGAGGGUAACAGUGGCAGGAUCACGACGCAAAGCCGCUGUUGGAGCCUGAUUCCAACAAGGCACGAUGGGUUCAUGCGUCGACAUGGUGUACGAAGGCUACCUUGUUGCAGCAGCGUGAGAAGGAGGAGGAGUGAGAGCAGAGUUCGAGUGGGAGGUGUACUCGCUUUGGGUGAGAGAUGGGAAGGGAGCGGAGCAAGAGACAAGUACUGUGCAGAAUGCCAAGUUUGGGCUAUAUCAGGUGAAUCGCUGUUGCGUUCGAUCAGGUCCCACUGAGACAAUUCGGAGACGGGCGGACAGGCUGUGCUGCGAAUCAGGACAAAGCUUUGCACAGAGGAUUAUGCUGAGGUUAUGUUGGCAAGUCCAGCUCUGAAUCCAGAUCGACAUAAAGUCUUCGACGCCUUGGCUCUUGAGCAAUUGUCGACAGUUGCUAAAUAUUGAUUCAGGACAUGUCUCCGUAGUCAGGGGAAACAUUCGAGUUUUCUGGGGAACGUGCCGGUUCUACGCUGCUUGCUUCCCAAAGGCCAGUCCUUUAAGGCGUGGAGAGUGAAAGUGUGCAUCGCUCAGUCGGAUCCAUCUCUGUCACCCCUUCCGGCUCCACGACUUGCAAGCUCUGCAGCUGUAAGGAGCGAGCCUUCUAGAUCUCCGUCAGGAGGCGGCAAGCCCCCUGCGGUUGUCUGUCCGAGACUGAAGCAGCUUCUAAUGGACGUAGGAGUGUCGCCAUCAGCUUCACCGAAUCCGAAGGUGAGCAAGCCCAGCCUCGGAGUUCGAGUUUUGAGAACGCUGUUUGACAACUCUCCUCCAACAUAUACGUCGGCGAAGUCACAAGCAGCGGCGAAAGCUGCUGCUCAAGCUAAAGAGCAGCGGGAGCAGGAGUUGCUGAAGGCACAGGGCGCUAAAAAUGGCAUUCGUACUCCAACACCACAGAGGCAAGUUGAAGAGCCACAGGUCGCAUGGAGAGAGUCGCCAUCUGCUCCCAGUGUUAUCGAUAAGCUUGCGGAGAAGAGCGGAAGAUUUCCACCAGGAUUGAAGAAAAAUGGGAGGAAAGUAGCACACGCUCCGUCCAGAGCAUCUCUGGAAAGCUCGAGCUUCGACUCACGUGAGGACGCUCACUCGUCCGUCAGCACAGACUUCGAGUACGACCCCACGUUCAAUCGCUACCAUGACAAGGAGGUCCGCAACAUGAAUCGCUCGGCAGUUCGAAACCACGACGAUGAUUACGAGCUUGGCUCCGGUCGCGUCGAUGACUCGUUGCUGCCGGACUUGGACGCCGACCUGGACUCGGCCCAGAAGCUCGAGCAUUUGAAGCAGGAGAUCGAGCGGCUCAGAUUCGAGAACCUCGUUCUGAAACAGCGAGGAGUCGCCUCGGAGCGCCAUCCGUAUCGCAACGACAGCGAUCUGAGUCGGGCUAGCUCCGUGACCGAGGUCAGCAACUCUGAGGAAGCAGCGGAGUGGAUCCCCUAUGCUGAGUACCAUCCCUCGACCGUGGGCACUGCUAGCGUAGCCAGGUUCCACGGCCCGCAGCCCAAUGGCAAUCGCAGAAACGAGAUGCCCAGGCACCCACCGGGAGAGAGAUACUUCCCAGGGGAGCAUGCGUCGAGAGCGCUGAACGCAGGAUGGGGCCACGGAUCGUCGAGCGACACGGUGAGCAUGGUGACGGACGGGUCGAGAGCGAGCUCGAGGCACCACAGCGGGCUGCUGAACGAGAACGAGCCGCAGAGCGGGCUGACCUCGAGGCACAACAGCGGGCUGCGCAGCGACAUGGAGGAUCUGCCGUCCAUGAUGUCGUGGGACGGGUCCAGGCACAACAGCGGGCCCAUGGUGGUGGACAGGCAGGAGCUCUACGGUCUCACCACUCCCAACUCGAGCAUCCACUCGCGCAACAGCAGCGGCAUGCUGGUGGACGAGCCUCUUUCACGGGGCGGCACCAUGAGCCCACCCUUGGGCGCAAACUCGCGAGAACCCUCAAGGCACAACAGCGGAAUGCAGGUCGACCGCCAUGGCCGAGGCAUUCCUCACGGCCUUCUCCUCUCGCCCCGAAUCUCCUUCGAAGGCAAUCCUCUGCCCGUGGCCGCCCCCAUCUCCCUCCCCCUCCCUCUCUCGAACUCCUCCGUCGCCACCGCCAACGCUGUCGACGAAUCCUUCAGCCACCACCGAGUCUAUGCCCGGGAGAGAAAUCUCGUCGAGCCCGAAUCUCGCCACUCCAAUUCGAGCCGACGCAAUUCCGACGUCCGUAAAAACAACGACGAGUACCACGAGUACGACGAUGACGAUCACCGCACUCAUCAGCUUCAGCUUCCGAAUUCCAACAGAGGAAGCUCGAGGAAUGUUCACAAUAAUAAUAAUCAUAAUCAGAAUCAGAACGACAACGGCUAUAGCGGCGGCGGCGAUACGAGCCGAGGGAAUUCGAGUGGCCAGGCCAUGAGGAGCUACGAGAAUCACGAGGCCCCGUCGCCACCGCCGAAUUAUGCCGAGCAGUACGAGGAUUUCAACGACGAGGGGGGCUAUCGAGGAGGAUUGAGAACCAAUAAUCCGAGCCCGCAGGGCCGGAGAGCUUCGACUCCUCCCAAGUCCAGAGGCAGCCAGAGCGGCGAGUCGGAUUUGUCGGAGACGACCAACUCGACCAUGUUUUCGUAUCAGCAACAACCGAGUGCAGUGCCUGCGAUGAUCACGGUGCCCAGGUCCAGAUCUGCUCAUAGCCAGAAGUCCAACGAGGAUCUGUCUCAGUUUCUGAUGCAGCAAGGGCAGCAGAGUUUGAGUAUGGAUAGUGCUCAGAUCAACACGGUGCCCAGGUCCAGGUCUACCCAUAGCCAGAUGUCGACCGAGGAGUCGUCGACCGUGCAGAAUCAGCAUCAGUCGACAUUGGAGAGACUGAUGGUUAGCCAGCAGAGGAGGCAGAAUAUGUCGGGGACGCCUCCGAUGUCGGUCAAUGCCUCGCCCGAGCAACAGUACAGCUCUAGACACUCUCGGCACAUUCAAACGAGAAGUCCGUAUCGGAGAUAAUAAUAAUAAUUCAUUCAACCUCAUCUUGUGUCGAUAUCGAUAUUUAUUUGGUCCGCGUAGGUUCUGUAAGUUUAUUUCUUGAGAGAUUUAGCGACAUGAGGACGAUGUUCACCUUAAGACUUUCACAUUGAAGUGCUCUCGAUUAUGUAGGGCCACAGUUAUACAUGUACACACUUCUGCAAACGCAGCUCUUUUGUCUCCAAUAAAAUUCGUUCAUUCAUU